AUGGGUGUAUUCUACUUUGCUGCUCAUCGAGUUGAUGCUCGAUUUGUUCACGGUCAUGUUGGGACUUACGAGCAAUAUAUGGGAUGGGCAUUCACGCUGUUUAGUCUUAGUAUUGUUUGCUACUUGUUUUCAAUUAUUGUUGCACUGGUUGCCACAUAUCAGCUGCUCAGGAAAUCAGAAGAUCAUCUUGGUAUGCCAGUUCGAGAAUUGGCUCCACUUUACAAUUCGCACAUGAGUUCUUCAGCAAUAUGA